UCUCAUCAUUUUAUUACCAUUAAUUAGAACAAACCAGUUAAAGAUAGCAGUUUGAGAUUGAAUGGGUUUAAGGGUGGCGAUAUUUAGACCUGUCACUAUUUAGAUCAUUAAAGUAGCCCCUAGAAGCAAAACGGAACGUGCAAAUACAAAGAAGACACACGGACACGCGGAUAGGGGAAUUAAGACAGACAGCUGGAUGAAAAGGUGUAUGGAUAGGUAUAUUAGGACAGACCAUAUACUAUAGUUCUGAGUCUGUUUUGGGGAACAUUGCGUAAUGAAUGGAAAAAGCCCAAACUUCUCAGGAACCUGGAGAGUAUUCGAAUUACCAUAAAAAAAAUUAUUACGAAAGUCAAAACACGUCAUCUCACCCUAUUCAUCUGGCAUCAGACAGGGGUUAGGAGAGCCCUGAACAGCUCCCAAAAUGAGACGUAAUCAUCACAACAGGAAGGCAGUGAUUGGGCACUGCAGGCUAUUCUGUGCUGAAGCUUGGUAUCACAGACAGAGAGAAAGAAAAGGUUUAUUUGAGUUCCGACUGCCUAGGACGGAUGCAAAGAUGGGUCUCUCUACAAAAUAUUCUUAUCACCAAAUAAACCAUGGCGAUUCAGCAAGUCGCCCAGAAACUGACCCCAGAAAUGUUUUACGAAGGUACCUGCUGCUGAAAUACAUCCAGUACCUGAUCCUGCCUUCUUCGAACUUCUUAGCCUCUGUGUUUGGAAUGCUGGGAAGCGUUUACACAGCAGUGGCCCUCCAGUCUCCUUCCAUCUCUCGCAAGUCCACCACAGUAUUCAUCUCCCACCUGGUUCAAGCAGAUGUGCUGGUCCUUAUCCGAAUCGCAGAGCUCCUCCAGGGCUACAUGGAUGUCAAACUGCUGGCUGGCGGGCCUAGCUUUCUGGAGGGCCUCUGUCACAACCUCCUGAACGCCAAUGAGCACGCAAGCUUGCUGCUACUCAGCUGCCUCAGUCUGGAGGUCCUGCUCAUCACUCUCUUGCCAGCUGAGUCACGGGGCCUCAGGACAGUUCGUUGGGCCUGGCUGGCCUGCACCCUGAUCUGGGUAGCCGUGCUGGGGGAGUUAGCCGUUCUGCAGGCUGCAGAGAGCCUCCAGCGAGCAGGCCUCAGUUUCCAUGGAGACCACAGCCUGGUCUUCCCGCUGCUCCAGGGCUGUGUAUGGGCAGCCCCUCUCCUCCAGAUGGUCUCCCGAGUCCUAGGGGUCCUGCUGUGGCUUGGCAAUGCCUAUGUUUACUACCGAGUUUACUACAGAGCACCUCUUAGGAGGAAAAGCUGUUGAUGAUUCCACUAGCCCUGUUAAAUGAAGACUACACUAAAGCAUUUUUUGAAGUGAUUUAAUUGAAUUAUUAUUUAUUAUUACAAUUAUUUUUAUUUUUUUAAAUCUAUUUAUAUAUUUAUUUAUUCUAUUUCUGAUUUACUUGAGUGCUCCAUGAGUCAAUGGUUCAGCUGGAGUUUGACUACAGAUAUUAAUUUUAGUACAGAAAAAAAAAAAACUUUUGCCUCUUGAAAAAAAUAUAGGCUACAAUACACUGAUUGGCCAUAAAAUGGGAGUAUAUGUAAGACUGCAAGUACAAUUAGAAAAUCUCCAAGUCUACAAUGUAUGUUGAGACAUGAUGUGUCACGUGACCCAGAAGCCAUGUGUGAAAGCAGAAGGAUCUCAGUGACUCCACAAAGGGAAUAAUGGUGGGUGUUGGUCCAACUGACUUAUCCUCUAAUGCAGUAGCUGCAUUCACCAACAACGCCCAAA